AUCCCCCCAAAAAUGACAUCUCGGCUUGCGGUGGAGCAGGGAUCGACUGGGACGCGGAGGGAAAGAGAAAAGAAAGAAGUCGACUAGAUCUCAUCUGGAAGAUUACGCACAAGAAAAGCGCAAAGAGGGAUUACGCACGGUUUUCCCGGUGCGACUGCCUCUGACUUUUAUUGUCUCUAUUUGGAAAUGUAGUUGGCAAUUCUCGUGGAAAAAACCCAAUCUGCAGAAGGGACAGUUGAUCUCACGAGUUGAUGAGAGGAGCGAGAGCUGAGCCGUCCGUGAUCCAGUGUUCCAGCGGCGCGCUGCAGCUGCGCUGAAGAAGCCCCCGCUGGGCUGAUCCUCAUUCCCCCGCGUCAAACCGACCUCCAGUCCGCUGCCGGUCCUCCGACAAAGUCGGUGAGGUGGUGGUGGUGGGGGGGGGGGGGGGGGGGAGAAAAAAAAUGUGCGACUUGAUGCCAACCUCGCAGCCCGCGGAGAAGAUCGGCAAAAUGAAAAAGUUGAGGAGAACUUUGUCGGAGAGUUUCAGGAGCAUUGCCUUCAAGAAAGAGGACAGCGGCUUUGACGAGAUAUGUGUCACAAAGAUGUCCACACGCAGCUGCCAGGGAACGGACUCGGUCAUCAAGCCCCUGGACACCAUCCCUGAGGACAAGAAGGUGAGAGUGCAGCGCACGCAGAGCGGCUUCGACCCGUUCGAGAAGCCCGCCAGUCAGGUGAAGAGGGUCCACUCCGAGAACAAUGCCUGCAUCAACGCCAAGGGCUCGUCCGCCGGCAAGGAGUCGCCCAAACUGCGCCGGCACUCCAGCCCCAGCUCCCCCACAAGCCCCAAGUUUGGAAAAGCAGAUUCCUACGAAAAGCUGGAGAAACUGGGAGAGGGUUCGUACGCUACAGUGUACAAGGGAAAGAGCAAGGUGAAUGGGAAGCUGGUGGCUCUGAAGGUGAUUCGUCUGCAGGAGGAGGAAGGAACGCCCUUCACAGCCAUAAGAGAAGCGUCUCUUCUGAAAGGCCUGAAGCAUUCGAACAUCGUGCUCCUCCAUGACAUCAUCCACACCAAGGAAACGCUGACGCUGGUCUUUGAAUACGUGCACACAGACCUGUGUCAGUACAUGGACAGACACCCCGGGGGUCUGCAUCCAGACAAUGUGAAGCUCUUCCUGUUCCAGUUGCUCCGAGGCCUGUCCUACAUCCACCAGAGGUACAUCCUCCACCGCGACCUGAAGCCGCAGAACCUGCUCAUCAGCGACACCGGAGAACUCAAACUUGCUGACUUCGGACUGGCCCGGGCCAAGUCCAUCCCCAGCCAUACCUACUCCAACGAGGUCGUGACGCUCUGGUACCGGCCUCCGGAUGUGCUGCUGGGAUCCACGGACUACUCCACCUGCCUGGACAUGUGGGGAGUGGGCUGCAUUUUCAUCGAGAUGAUCCAAGGAGUGGCUGCCUUCCCGGGGAUGAAAGACAUCCAGGACCAGCUGGAGAGGAUAUUCCUGGUCCUCGGGACCCCGUCUGAGGACACCUGGCCCAGUGUUUCCUCCCUGCCUCACUUCAAACCAGAUCGUUUUACAGUGUACAGCGCUAAGAAGCUCAGACAAGCGUGGAACAAGUUGGGUUACGUGGACCACGCCGAGGAGUUGGCCUCCAGAUUCCUCCAGUGCUUCCCAAAGAACCGCCUGUCGGCGCAGGCGGCGCUGAACCAGGAGUACUUCAGCAACCUUCCCCCUCGGCUCUGGGAGCUGCAGGACAUGUCUUCUAUCUUCACCGUACCAAAUGUCAAGCUGCAGACGGAGAGCGGCGACAGCAUACAGGUGUGUGCACGGAGGAACAGCCACGGCAAAGCUUCCUCCGGCAGCAAACACUGACCUGAGGCAGGAUCCUGCACACGAGCGCCUGACAGGUUGUGAUGAAGACAAAGAUGCUGAGACAGAGGAUCCAGAGGAAUGAACGAGCCCCGGUUUUCUUUAUUUAUUACUGUCACAGUGUGUGUGUGUGUGUGUGUGUGUGUGUGAGAGAGAGAGAGAGACCAUUGAGUAGAUAGGAAUGCAUGUUUGCAUUAUGAACAAAACAUAAGAUUUCAGUUUUAUCGUUUUCAAAAAAUUUUGUUUACUUUUUUAUAAGGUUCCAAUAAGUCGUAUAUCAUCGUCACCGUAUAAACAAAGGGUCUUUACUAUUGGUCCAUAUUGUGUUUCGUGUUUGUAACUAGCCUCCUAUUUAAGAAUGUAUAUUAGUUUGUAUGAUAUAAUCAUCUAGAUACAAUACAGUGAACAGUUUUAUCAUAUCAUUUCUUCUUCUUCUCACCACUUAUACUGCUCCACGGGACACAUCACUCAGCAAACACAUUUGAGGAAAAAAGAAAAAAAUAUAGUUAUAACACAAAGUUAUGCAUCAAAUCAAAACAUUCAGCCUAAAAGAGUUUUUUUCUGAUUAAGCUAAUUUGUGGAUCAGCAAACAACUGAUGAUGAUGAUAAUAAUAAUAAUAAUAAUGGUGGUGGAACACAUCCUCUGGCAGCCAUUUUGGAGGUCCUUUGUUCCGCUGAAGUUACUGUAAAGGUACUGUACACUCAUCUCAGUGUCAAGUCAAUAUGGCUGAGAGAAAGAUAGAUACAGUAUUAUGGGGUGAUUAAAGCGACAUUUCAAAAUUCCCAUAUUAAAAUGAUAAGUAAGACCUCUGGUAGUCCAAAGGACCUCCGUGAUGGAACCACAUCUGGCUGAUAGGAGUUCUGUGUUGUGCUGCUGAAAAGCCACUGUCACAUACUGUACAUGACACAUAACUGAGACCGCAGACAACCAGUGUACGAAUAGAAACGCAAUACCGUUAUUGUACAGCAGCUGUUUGUGUGUCCGAUAGAGGUGUGUGUGUGUGUGUGUGUGCGUGUGUAUGGGUGUGUGUGGGUGUAAUAAACAUGGGCAAUAGCUAAGCAUUGGUGCUUCCAUCCAUGUAAAUGAGCUAAUGUACAAACACCAAGGCAAGGGGCUGUGCAGCGUAAAGUGUUUUGAUUUUGGCCCACGACAAUCGUCCCUUCCACUUUUACGAAAUGACGUCAAACGAUCUGCAAUACUAUGUCAGAAACAGCUGAUCGACAUGAUGUCCAUAACUGCAACUUACUCUUCAUCUGGUGCUUUUCCUUUUCUGAUAAAUUGGGGAAAUGUUCUGUCGGGGUGAGUGUCUGUACAGUAUGUGGUGGCGUGCAUGUGCAGUAUGGGUCGUUUGAGUGGUGAACAACUUUGAUCAAUCCCCACACAGGGUGCCCCCCCCCCCCCAACAUCCUACAUUUUGAUUUUGAAAAUCUUUGUGACGCCACGAUGAAGUUACAACGUCGUGUCAUCUGCAAAGCAGUUUAUUAACGUUUUUCUUCUGACGUUUUGUGUCUGUGAAUAUAUCUGAAUGUUACAGUUUAGACUAAAUGGUAAUAAUUGUGAGGUACUAUCAAUUCAAUGGCUUCCUCUUUUAUCAAUCAGACUGAUAUCGACUGAGACGAUAAUAAUAUUUGGCCCUGCACUGUUGAUCAGCCGAAGAGAUGCGGCUGCGCAUGUGAAGCCACGGAGAAUUGGAAACUGUGGAUACUUGUGAUGUCACUCCGUGGCCUCUUACACACACACACACACACACACACACACUUUUGAUAUAAAUGUCUUGCCUGCUAGGAUAAAUUAUCUGCACCUAUCUUGUACUAUCAGCUACAGUACAGUAACCCCCCCCCCCCAUGCCCCCUCCAGCUUAUAUUUUUUUUCUCACAUACUGUAACAUCAUUAAUCUUCUUCAGACCAACCAUAAAGUGAUACUUUCACUAGAGCGAUUAUAGUAGAAGAAAUUAUUUUCAAAAAACGUAUUGUGUGCGAAAUACGAUCUAAAUUUCAGUUGUGGCUAAUAUGAGGCUUCAGCGGUCCCGGUCGGCUGAAUCAAAUUUUUACAUCUGAAAGUGAAUUAUCCCUCCACCCAAACUUGCCUGGUGGACGCAAAGAGGAAAAGACUGUUAUAUCACAAAAUACGCAAAAACUAUUUUGGCAAAAGUGCGUUUCCAACCAUCAGUUCAGUUUUGAAUAACAUUUAAAAUUUUCACAUAUACAAUUACCAUACAAAGUUGAUAUAUCAGCGAACCAAAAAGCUACAAUGAAAAAGACUCGGCAAAUAUUAAUGAACAAUAAUAAUAAUAAUAAUAAUAAUAAUGAUAAUAAACUAUGAUGUCUGCGAGGCAUGUGACUUAAACAUCACUUGAGCUGAGAAAACGUCAGCGAACAAAAGCAUCGCAGGCGAGAUGAGGAGGUUGUAAACCUUUGUUUACUACAUGAAAGAAACAUAAUCGCCAUAUUUCUAUGAUGUUCUAAUUCCACAUACUUAAUGGUACCGGUCCAGAGAACUGGAGAACUCGUCUAUUCUAUACUGACUCUUAUCUGUACAGUGGUCACUUGAUGGGGGGGGGACUCAUAACUUCCUGUGACAUGAAUAUGACAUAAUAUCUGCACCUGUCUUUUACUGUAAAGUAGAAGAAGCAAAGAUUGACAAUUGGGAGUUUUGAAGCUCAUUUCAUAAAGUAUAGAGUUUUUUGUUUUUUGACCACAGAGAGCUUUGACUCUGGGGGCAAAACAAUUAUUAAUAUGGUAUAAACUCUCACCAGUGUUUUAGAAAUUGCACUUUAAAGAAGAAAAAAACCUCUCUGCCACCACAUUCCAGCCUGUAUGGUCACUUUGAUGCUCUUGCUUUGCCCUUAAUAAUACAAUUAUAAAUAUAUAAAUAUAUAUUCUCACUUUACCUGAUGUAGUGCAAACCGAUCACUUCUUCUUCUUACAAAUGUAAAUAUUCAACCUGGUUGAAAUUUUAUCACAAGUUGAGGAGGGAGCUUGUACAAAAUGCUGAACUUACAGUAUCUCGUGGUUUUCCAGCGUCGUCCCCGGACUGCGACGUGCAGCACCAGAUAAAAGAAGGGGGGGGGGGGUAAUGUCAGUAAAGCGGCAUGACAGAAGAUGGUACAGUAAAUCUUGAUUUUUAAAAUUUCCAUAUUUCAAAGACAUAAUCAAAAUAAAAUCAAGUAAUCCUUGACGAUGUCAUUGUAAUCUGAUUACACUUUUUUUUUCAAAUGUAAUCUGGUCUGAUUAGAGUAAUUUAAUUUUUGUAAUCUGAUUAUGUAAUCCAGAUUACAUGUAAUCCAGUUACUACCCAACCCCAGUACAUACCUUGUGUGGCUUUAAGGGAUUGGCAGGCAGUAUUAGCAGCUGAAUAAUAAUUUUUGGUACGCCCCCCCUUGAAUGUUCUUCAUAUAAUUCAAAUACAGUGGAGUGGAGGGAAAGACAACAUUUAUCCCAGUGACACGAGAAGCCAGAAUAUCAACGUGGAAACGUAGGAGAAGGUGAUGAGGCAGUGGCAAAAAAAGAUGCCUCCAUCAAGCUUGUAUACAGGGUCCAAAAGUCAUAUAUGAUGAAUAUAAAUAUGAGAUAUGAUAUUUUUUGGCAUUCAUCAUCGUGUGGACAGAAGUGGUAUUGGUACGACGAACUUCGCUUAGCGAUGACUUCAUGUUUUGUAACAGUUUUUUUUUGGCUUCUCUCGCUUUUCUUUUUUCUCUGCUGCACUGAAAAUACAUAAUUUUUGACAAUAUGUGGUUUGGGAAAAAAAUAGAAGUGUCAUUAUUAGUCACUUCGUUCAUCAAAACAAUAUAGUAUACAGUAGAAUAUAGCCGUUGCAUUAUUUGUUACAAUCUGUACGUAUCGUUAUUAUGGAAGAUGUAAUGUCCUUCUGUAAAUGUUGUUAAUGUUGUUUUACCUGAAAUAAAAAUUGAUUAUAUGAUUCAGA